GCUACCCUCAAGAUGUCCUCCUUCCACCACCCGUGAAUAAAGCUGCUGUUGAGGCCCACUUUAUGUCAAUGAUCAAAGAGGCAGACGCUCUAAAGCAUCGUAGUCUUGUUGCAAAUCAUAUGCAGGCACGAGAUCACCGCCAGUUAUGGGCCGGCCUACUUAGUCAUCGCUUUGAUCAAUUCUGGGCAGUCAACCGGCGUUUCAUGGAGGUCAUCACAUCCGGGAACAUCACCUCUAUAUCGUUUCCUGCUUCAACAGGAGGUAAUUCGUGCGCAAUUCACAUUUGA